UUUACAUCACAGGUCGCAUGCCUACCCGAGCUCCUGCCCGAAACACCGCCGCAAUUAUCUAUCUAAGGCUUCUCCGAUAUUGCUCUACAAUUCAAGGUCGAAACCUGCCCACCGAAAUUUCAACAAAUGCAUUGUCAUACUUGGACCCACAGCGUGGACAGAGGGCCUUUGUGUUCGACAAUGACAUUGUCCUCUAAUUGUCUUGAUGUCGGAGUCUUUGUCUUGAAAUAUAACAUCGCCCAGCCUGCCUCCAUAAACUGGCUACCUCCUACUAACUCAUUCACCAAGCGCCGCCAGAUACGCCGUCAAGACAUCAUCCCAGAAACCGAAUCCCACGAGUACCCUCCAGGCUGGCCCAUUCCCAAACUUCAAAACUUCGUCGUCACCGUCAACCUUGACUGUCGCAUUGACCUCAACUACCUAGCCCAACGGGCCCGCAAUGUCGAAUACAGACCGCGUCGCUUCAAUGCUGUGAUCAUGCGCAUCCGCGAUCCACGAACGACAGCACUGAUCUUCGCAACGGGCAGAAUGGUUGUCACAGGUGCCAAGAGCGAAGCCCUGGCUCGCCUUGCCGCUAAGAAACACGCUUACGCCCUCCAGAAAUGUGGCUUCACUCCGAAAUUGCGCGACUUCACUGUCCAGAAUAUCAUUGGCAGUGCCAAUGUUGGCUUCAACAUCAGACUUGAGGGGUUAGCCAACAAGUAUGUCACUGUUGGCGCCUCUUUUGUCCCCGAGAUUUUCCCAGGCUUGUCUUUCAAGCAGUAUCUCGGCUAUCGAGCAGAUGGGACACCUCGCUCCUGUCCAACCCUUCUCAUUUUUACAACCGGAAAGAUCGUGGUCACCGGUGCCAAGACAGAAGAGGAUCUUAGGGCCGCCUUUGCUCGGGUAUAUCCUCUGUUCUUUGACUUUCGCUUUGCCAGCGACCCAAACAGCAAAACACAGGUGUAG